AUGUCGGCGGUGAUGAAAGUCCGCACCCAGCAUCGCGACCCAUCCUCACCUUCGUCACCUGAAAAGACAUUCACCGCAGUACUGAAGCUCUACGACCGCCGCUUUGGCACCACCCUCCGGAGACGCGUCAACCCCGCCAGCAGGAGGUAUGAACCACACAUGCACACAACGUCCACAGAAGCCGCAUACUGUGAUUUCAUCCGCAGGGCAAAGCUUGGUGCUUUCUUACUUGAACGGGAAAAAGAAGGCCGUUCCAGUGUUUUGCCAGUGUCGGCCUGGCAUUAUCUCGACGGCUCGGCCGAGGAGACCGCCAAGUACGAGGCGGUCAAGUGGAAGACGUGUCAGGAGUACUUCGACCGGGAAACUCGGGCGUAUGAGAAGCUGUCGGAACUCCAGGGCAAGGUCAUACCUCGGCUCUUUGCUCACGUGCGACUAAGCCUGCCACAAGACGACAUCGUGCCUUGUCCCCCAGGUCUCCUCCAGCGCCCGGAGACGAGGCAAUAUUUUGAUGUCCGGGGCAUCCUCAUGGAGCUCGUGGACGGGUACGAGCUGUCCGAGCUCCAUAUCUCGCCCCUGGCGCCAUCCGACACGGAGAGGUGGGAGGACACCAUCCAGACCGCCGUGGACGGGGCGCACGAGAUCAACCGCCGCGGUGUCCGCAUGAGCGACUGCAGUAUGUAUAAUGUCAUGGUGGACAAGGAGUCGCACCAUCCUUUCAUCGUUGACCUCGCCCAGUGCGGGUUUAUAGAGGAAAUGUAUGAAGAGGAGGAUGGAGAAGAGUCAGGUAGUGACGAAGAAGAAUCAAACAUCGACGGAGAAGCCCAAGACAAUUGCGGCAAGUCAUUGGUUGGUGACACGGCCUCCGAGAGCAAUCACCAGGGAAGUGAAAGUGGGGACGGAGGAAGCCAGGUGUUCGAGCCGGACCCGGAGAUCAGAUACUGGAAUUCCGUCAUGUCCGUCGACAACCCCGGGGCUAUUGGGGCAGUCAUGAGGGGGCGACUGAUGAGGGAGAAGGGGGUCACGAUUACGCCUCGAUGGCCAGACUAUGAUGCUAUCAUUGCCGAUAUUCGUCGGAAAAGGGAACAGCGGGAACCUUGA